AUGAAUAAAGAUCAAAGGAAAUCAUUCGAUGUGAUUAUCAAUGCAAUAAAUGGAAACCAAGGUGGGUUUUUUUUCGUCUAUGGGUACGGUGGAACCGGUAACACAUUUCUCUAUAACACUCUCUCAGCAGCUCUAAGGAGCAAAGGGAAAAUUGUUCUGAAUGUUGCUUCAAGCGGUAUUGCUUCUUUGUUGCUUCCAAAUGGACGCACUGUACAAUUAAGGUUUAAGAUACCCUUGGACUUGAAUGAAGACUCGGUUUGUUGUAUUAAGCAAGGCACCUCAUUGUCUAAACUGGUUUGUAGAGCAAAACUUAUUAUAUGGAAUGAGGCACCGAUGUUGAAUAAGAUGUGCUAUGAAGCUCUCGACAGAUGCCUAAGGGACAUUGUUAGGCAAAUUCUACCUGUAAUUCCAAUGGGAUCUCGCCAAGAUAUUAUCCAAGCAGCCAUAAACUCAUCUUACCUAUGGCAACAUUGUAAUAUAUUAAGACUAACAAUUAACAUGCGUUUAACUGUUAGAGCAACUUAUACAUCACUCAUUGAUGUUUCUCAUUUUGCUUCAUGGUUGCUAGACAUCGGUGAUGGUAUUGCUAGAGAUUCCACUGAUGGUGAGUCUAUUGUGGUAAUGCCUGAUGAAAUUAUAAUUCAAGAUUUCGACCAAUUGGUUGACUUUGUUUAUCGCAAGUUGUUGGUUAAUAUCAACAACACAUCAUUCUUCAAAGUUCAUUCAAUCUUGGUCCCAACACUAGAAGUUGUCAACGAUGUUAACUAUUAUAAUGCAACGUGUGGAUGCCGAUGUGAAAACUUAUUUAAGCUCAGAUACUUUGUAUCUUGA